AUGAAUUUGGUAGUGGUUGGUUCUGAUGUAGAGGUGAAUUCUGUGGUGGUUGGUUCAGAUGUAGAGGUGAAUUCUGUAGUGGUUUCAUCGGAUGUAGAGGUGAGCUGUGUUGGGGAUGUUGUGGUUGAUUCUGUGGUGGUUGGUUCAGAUGUGGAGGUGAAUUCCGUGGGGGUUUGUUCGGAUGUAGAGGUGGAUUCUGUAUUAGUUGGUUUAGAUGUAGAGGUGAAUUCUGCAGUGGUUGGUUCGGAUGUAGAAGUAAGUUGUGUUGUGGUUGGUUCAGACGUUGUGGUUGGUUCUGUAGUUAUUGUUUCAGGUGUAGAGGUUGAUUCUGUAGUAAUUGGUUCAGAUGUUGGGUUUGAUUCUGCAGUUGUUAGUUUAGGUGAAGAUGUGGAUUCUGUAGUAAUUGGUUCAGAUGUUGUGGUUGAUUCUGUGGUGAUUGGUUCAGAUGUGGAGGUGAAUUCUGUAGUUGCUGUUUCAGAUGUAGAUGUGAGUUCUGUAGUG